AUGAUGACAGCAUCAGUUCCAAGCCUAAAGCAACAAGAGGUGCCAAGUCUCGUCUUACUUGGAGCUGCCGAAUCGCCUUCCAACAGUCUCGUAUCAACCCUGUCGUUCAAAUCGCGAGAGGAUAUCGCUCCACGAGUUCCCAAGCGCAAGCCAUCAAAAGAUUUGGACAAAGUAAGUAGCAGCAAGCAGCAGGGUGAUAAUUUCGUUGCAAAUACCAGAUUCGACGAUGGAUGCAUUAGCCAGGACCUUGGAUCUAGCACUAGGAUGGCAUCGGUGGUAAUGGAUAGCUUGAGUUGCCUCUCUCAUAUUGCAAAGAAGGAGUGCAGGAUGACAUCAACUAGUACAUCCGUUCACCUGAUGGAUGACCUGACUACAAAAUCGGAUACAUCACCGACAAUCCCACGACGAGAGCCCUCUUCCGAAAGCAGUGGAGCUAUUCGAGAGUGCAAUGAUGCAUUUCGGAUGUACAACAGAAUCAUGAAGAAGUGA